AUGAAGGCGAGGAAAGAUAACAAUUCUCGCAAGCGCAAACAAUCAACUUUGAUUGAGACAUAUGUUGCACAAUGUGGAACAUGUGGGAAGUGGAGGCCUGUUCCAUCUCAAGAACAAUAUGAGAUAAUACGAAGCAAGGCGUUGAAAAAUUCCUUUAGAUGCAAGAACGGCUGUAGAAAGUCUGAAGAUGUUGAUGUGGAAGGUGAUACCACAAGGGUAUGGUUAGAGGAUAAUCUCCAUGGUUUAGCCAAAACCCCACCAGGAUUCAAAAGGAUCGUGCUUCUUAGAGAAAGCUGCGAGAGGACAGAUGUUUAUUACCUUACUCCUCAGGGAAAAAGGCUAAGGACUAUCAAGGAAUUUGCUGCUUUUAUCAAAGACAACAAAGGAUUCACAAAGACAAUUAUGAAAAACAUUUCUUUUAAGACGCCAAAAGUGAUGAAGAAGAAAAAUAAGUUUGACGGUGUUGCUGCACAUACUAACACACCGGCGUUAGUAUUGAAAGCACGCAAAAUGGUUCCAACGAAAAAACUAAUCAAGAAAAGGUCUAAAAGCUCACUUGCAAUUAACUCAGACGACAGAGAAAAAGGAAAAGUUAUUCCUGAGAGCCUUCAAAAUGACAAAAAUCCAGCUACUGACAAGGAGGAUAAACCAUCGGAUAAUGUUGAGAUUUCUGUUGAUUUAGAUGACGGAGGGGUAAAACAUAUGCCCGAACAGAAUGAGAAGCAAGCUACUGACAAGGAGAUUGAAUCAGCAAAUGAUGUAUUGCUCUCUCAAAAUGGGGAUGCAACCCCAUCAAAGAAAAAGAGGAAGAGGGAUAAGAGAGAAGAAACUAGAGAGAAGAAGAAACAAGCUACUGAAACUGACAAGAACAUCGAGAAAGAAGUUUGUACCAAGAAAUCGUCAAAAUCAGAUGUAUCUUCAUCAAAUGAAGUUAUAAUUGAAGAGCUUGAAAAAGCAAAAGCUGAUGGAAAAGUAGCAAAAAAUGGGAAAAAAGUGAGCAUACUCUAUACCGGGAAGUUGAAAGACACUGAAGAAAUAUUUGUGUCAAACAUGGAAGAAGCUCCGUUUAGAUUUCGCUUGGGUAGAGGAAAGGUCAUCAAAGGCCUUGACAUUGGUAUCGAAGGGAUGCGAGCCGGGGAUAAAAGAAGAAUCACAAUUCCGCCAUCCCUUGGGUACUCAGAAGAUGGAUUCAAAGAUGUUGUUACUCAAAAUGCAUGGCUUGUCUAUGAAGUCGAGGCAGUAAAAGUCAGAUGAGAUUUAGAUACAAGCCUAGGUUUUUUGCUCCGUCUCCAUGGAAAAGUUUGUUGACUCCUUCCUCCUUUAUGCUUUAUUCUCCUUCUUUUGUUAGCACUUUUACAUAACUCGUGGUCUUGGUUUGGUUUUUGUUUUGGAUUUUGUUAUGGA